AUGUCACAUCAGAAGCAAGCGGUCAAGUGCCUUGCCUCAAAAACCAGCGAGGGUAACUCGAAGAAGACACUGGAUUGUAAUGACGAGUGUCUCAAGCUUCAACGCAAUGCAAAACUCGCCGCAGCUUUGAAUAUUGACCCAACUACACACAUGGACGAUCACAUUCCAUACUCACAACAGACCUUAGAUAUGGUCAAGGACAUGCUCAAAUUUUGUCAAGCCUACGAACGCGAGUUCCGUGUUUUCGCGGCGGAUCCGUCGGAGAAAAGAUUGAGGUUCAAGCCGAUGCAACCUCAUCAAAGAGCUUUUAUACACUCAUUGGCGGAAGACUAUGGUCUUGAUAGUGAAAGUCAGGAUCCAGAGCCACAUCGCCACGUUUCAAUAUUCAAGACGCCACGCUUUGUCUCAGCACCAUUAAAGACUUUGGCGCAAUGUGUCAAAGUAAAGCCAGUAUCGGUUGCAGAAGCUGCGCCUUCUUCGAAAGGAUUAGUUGCUACAGCUGAGCCGUUCAAUGCCAUCUUACUGUUGAACCCUAGGUUUGGUCUAACUAUUGAUGAGAUCCACGCCGACCUUUCAUCUGAAUUUGCCAACGCGGGUCUCGACUUUGAGGUAUCUUUCCUACCCUCCAGUGAGGUUGUCCUUCGUGGAAAACCCUCUGAGAAUUGGCAGACUAAAGUCGAAUCGGCAUUAAAUGCCAUGCAGCACGGCCUUCGCAAAAAAGUUAAAGCUCUUGAAUUAGCAUCCACGGUUGUUCUCUGCAGUGUAGAUUCGAGUUUAAAUGUAAUCAGAAGGAAGGAUGAUCAUUUAGGUGGAGGGUGGAGUCAGGUUGCCAAAGGAGGUAGUAACAGCAAAGCUCCGGUAAGGCCCGACAUAGGUGUUAAAAGCAGCUUCACAGUUUUGGGCAAUAGGACGGCAGCGAAAAAGAAGAAAGAAGAGCAGGAUGCAGUGGAUGAUUGGGAAAAAGAAGUGGAAGCUUGGGAUGCUUGA